AUGCUGGGUCGCUCAACAGGUCUCAUCCUGACCGGCCUGCUGGCCCUGGGCUCCCCUGUCGCUGCUAAUGCCGAUUCCUGCCGCUACCUGCCAGGCGACCAGAACUGGCCUUCUCGCGCGACCUGGUCAAGCUUCAACCAGUCCAUCGAUGGACGACUCGUUGCGACCGUACCGCUAGGCGCACCAUGCCACGGCGCUGCGUAUAACAAAGCGAAAUGCGAUGCGCUAAAGGAAGGGUGGACUCAGCCAGAGUUACACUACGACUCGUCGUCCUCUGUAAUGGCGCCCUUCUUCGCCAACAACUCGUGCGACCCGUUUCACCCGGUCUCGAAGCCCUGCACGCUGGACAACUACAUCGUCUACGCCGUCAACGUCAGCAAGCCGGAGCACAUCUCCAAGGCGAUCCAAUUCACCACGGAGCACAACAUCCGCCUCGUCGUGCGCAACACCGGCCACGACUAUAAUGGGAAAUCCACCGGGGCCGGCGCGCUGGGUGUCUGGACGCAUAAUCUCAAGGAGCUCGAGAUCGCCGACUGGAAGGAUAAACACUACCAGGGCAAGGCGAUUAAACUUGGUGCGGGAGUGCAGGGGUUCGAGGCGUACGCGGCGGCCGAUAAGCAGGGCCUGGAGGUUGUGGGUGGCGAGUGUCCGAGUGUUGGUAUUGCUGGGGGUUAUACCCAAGGAGGAGGACAUUCGGCGCUUGCGUCCGCACACGGGCUUGCGGCGGACCAGGUGCUCCAGUGGGAGGUUAUUGAUGGCGAGGGCAACUUUAUCACCGCGACCAGAGAUAAUGAGCACUCUGACCUGUAUUGGGCGCUGAGUGGUGGUGGCGGCGGGACGUACGGUGUUGUCUGGUCGCUGACCUCCAAGGCGCACCCUGGUUUGCCUGUUUCCGGGCUGAACUUGACCUUCUCGAGCACCGGGAUCUCGAAGGAUACGUUUUACCAGGCGGUUGCGCUGUACCAAACCCAUCUCCCUGCGAUUGUUGACGCGGGGGCUAUGAGCGUGUGGUAUUUCACCAACACCAGCUUCUCCAUCUCCCCACUCACCGGGCCCAACAUCCCCGUCGCAAAGCUGACGCAGCUGCUAAAGCCAUUCACCGACGGUCUCAGCAAGCUCGGCAUCAAGUACACCACCUACGCCAACCAGUUCCCCAGCUACCUCGCCCAGUUCACAGCCAUGCAGGGUGCGAUUGGAGUCGGGGAAGCGCAGUACGGCGGCUACCUGAUCCCGCGCUCGACAGUCCUCAAACACAACGACGAGCUUACAGCGGCGUACCGCCACAUCACCGAGUCCGGCGCGACCUUUAUCGGCGUGGGCCUGAACGUCUCCAAGGCCCUCGUCGGCAAAGACAUCUACAACGCCGUCCUCCCUGCGUGGCGCGAAACCCUGAUCAGCACUACAAUCACGACGCCGUGGGCCUGGAACGAGGAUAAGGCGAUGCUCGCGGAGCAGCGCAAGAUGACGGAUAGUUAUAUUCCUGCGUUGAGCAAGCUGGCGCCCGAGUCCGGUGCGUAUAUGAACGAGGGCGACUUCCGGCAGCCGAACUGGCAGAGCGUGUUUUAUGGAGAGAACUACGAUGCGUUGAGGGAGGUCAAGGCCAAGUAUGACCCGAAUGAUGUGUUCUAUGCCUGGCAGGCUGUUGGGUCUGAUGAGUGGGCUGUCCGUGGUGCCCGGCUGUGCAGGGCGUAA